CAUUAAUAUCACGAGGUAGCAAUGCUUUGCAUCCUUUUUAAAUUAAAAAAAGUUGAACUCACGUCUACCGGUAUCUGGCCCAAGCCCUAAGCACACAAUUCAAACUUAGCCACACCCAUCUCCUCCCUCCUUCCCCUCGUCCAAAAGAAGAUUUUCAAUUCGAAAGAUACGCCUAAAAUUCCAUCUCGUCCUAGUUGGCGCUCGCAAACGAACCGUGAUCACUCAAUAACUGAAGCAGCAGCCACAACGAUGAUGAUAAGUGGGGCCCUCCCUUGUGACAGAAGCCGUUACCCACCCCACACUCUGCUGCCCCUCCUCACUCAACACAGGAUAUCCUCGCCGCCGCUGCAACCAAGCAGCUCAGCCAAUCAUUCAGGACGAACCAAAAAAUCUCAAUCUUAAGCCAUGGCGACGACGGCGGCGGCAGCAGCAGCAGCGGCGUCACCUCACCUUCUCUCCUCAGCUUCCCGCUCGCUUUCCCCUUUCCAAGUAUGCGUCCUCGAUUCCAAGUCCCUCGUUUCCGCUUCUUCCUUCCACAGUGGCGCCAGGAAGAGGACCGUCGGCGGCGGCUCUGGGUUCCGAUGCACCGCCGUCGGCACCGUGCCGUCCGCGGCGGAGACGAAGAAGAGGAGCAGCUACGAGAUCGUGACGCUCACCACCUGGCUGCUGCAGCAGGAGCAGGCCGGGGUCAUCGACGCCGAGCUCACCAUUGUGCUCUCCAGCAUCUCCAUGGCGUGUAAGCAGAUCGCUUCUUUGGUUCAGAGAUCCGGCAUUUCUAACCUCACCGGCGUUCAGGGCGCCGUCAAUGUCCAGGGCGAGGACCAGAAGAAGCUCGACGUUGUCUCCAAUGAGGUUUUCUCCAAUUGCUUGAGGUCGAGCGGCCGGACCGGAAUCAUAGCCUCGGAGGAAGAGGACGUGCCAGUUGCGGUGGAGGAGAGCUACUCCGGAAACUACAUAGUGGUUUUCGACCCGCUCGAUGGAUCCUCCAACAUCGACGCCGCCGUCUCCACCGGCUCAAUCUUCGGCAUCUACAGCCCCAACGACGAGUGCCUUGCCGACAUCGGAGACGACCCCAAUCUUGACACUCAGGAACAGAGAUGCGUCGUCAGCGUGUGCCAGCCGGGGAGCAACCUCCUCGCCGCCGGCUACUGCAUGUACUCCAGCUCGGUCAUCUUCGUUGUCACGAUCGGGAAGGGGGUAUUCGCCUUCAAUUUGGACCCAAUGUACGGCGAAUUCGUGUUGACCCAAGAGAACAUUCAGAUCCCCAAAGCUGGCAAGAUUUACUCCUUCAACGAAGGCAACUACCAGAUGUGGGAUGAUAAGCUCAAGAAGUACAUCGACGACCUCAAGGACCCUGGUCCUUCCUUGAAGCCUUACUCUGCUCGCUACAUUGGAAGCUUGGUCGGUGACUUCCAUCGGACCUUGCUGUAUGGUGGCAUUUAUGGGUACCCGAGGGACAAGAAGAGCAAGAACGGCAAGUUGAGGCUGUUGUACGAAUGUGCUCCGAUGAGCUUCAUAGUUGAACAGGCCGGUGGCAAAGGUUCCGAUGGCCAUGGCAGAGUUCUAGAUAUCCAACCAACUGAGAUCCAUCAACGUGUGCCGCUAUACAUUGGGAGCGUGGAGGAAGUGGAGAAGUUGGAGAAGUAUUUAGCAUGAUUUCGAUGUAAAUGCAAAGAGCUUCACUUUUGUUUAAUGGAGCUGUCAUGAAUCAAUGGCAGAAUUGCAAGGUGUGCAAAUUACGGGUAAAUAGAUCCACAGUACAACCAGUUCACUUAAUGAGUAUGGAUAAGUCAUAAACGUUCACUAUACAUAAUACCCUGCUGCUUACACUAUGAAUAUGGCCCUCUUAAAUCUGAGGAUACAUUCAUACCCUAAUAAUAGGUACAUCAGAUAGAAACUUACAGUCAGUAGCCAAGUCAAGAAUAUGAAUGAUUAGCCUGUUGCUAGACAAAUUGAAGCACCAUCACAGUUCUAGAUCAAUGAAGAUGGUUAACAAGG